AUGGGAGAUCAGCAUCUCAGUUCUGGAAUGCCCGGAGAUCUCUUCGAAUUGAAUAAGGGAGGUACAACGAAGUAUCUGAGUGAACUAUGGGGAAAAAGCACUGGCACUACCGAUUGCUACAACAAAAUGCGAUCUGGCAAGAUUGUCCGCUCAGUCGUUCUUAGUUCGUAUUUCUACAACAUGUCCCGCAUGGGAAUCAAAUUCCAAACCGCUCUGACUGAUUUCUCCAACACCGCCACGUUGGUUCCCACAUUGCUGACUAUUGGAAACGUUACUGUUGUUUGUAGACCACUAGAGAUAAAAUGUAAAAGCCCGGCAUGCAGUGAAACUGUCAAAAUUUUUUGUUGA